AUGAAAGAGUUUAUUGGUGGACCUGGAUUGGUCGGCAAAGUUGUCGAGCAUGACAUCCCACAGCCUGGAGUGGGUCAGGUUGUAGUCAAGGUAGCGGCCGCUGGGUCAACCCAAAAGACUGGUAUCCCAAAUGGAAGUUUUGCAGAAUAUGCGGUGAUUGAGGUUAAUACUGCGUGGGUUCUUGGGCCCCAGACGACCUUCGAGGAAGCAGCAACGGCCCCUCUCAAUGUCUGCAUUGCUGCAACUGGUCUCUAUCUGGACCUUAAACCUCUCGUGCCCUGGCUACCAGCAAAGGAACCCACACCUUUGAUCGUUUGGGGAGCCACGUCUGCCGUGGGAUCAUAUGCAGUUCAGCUUGCUUACCUGGAAGACUUCAUCGACCGGAGCCAAGGGGACACAAUUCUUGACUACCGCGAUUCCGAGGACGACAUUAAAGAAGGCAUUCGGAAUGCCGCAGGCGGGCGUGAGAUCCUGCACGCGAUUGAAGGGACUAUGGGCACUGGCGGCCAUAUUGCUCUUGUGCUUUUUGAGAAAGAAUACACUGGCAUUCCAAGUCAUGUCACACACAACAAGUAUAACGUAUCGGUCGUGCAUGAGAGCGAGAAGGAUUUUGGUUUCGGGGGGCUCAACGGAGUUAUCACAGCGUUUGAGCGGUUGAAGGCAGGCGAAGCCCACGCAGUGAAGUACGUCAUAAAGCCCUAG